AUGGCGGCGGCGGCGGCAGCGGUGGUAGCGGUAGUGGCAGUGGUAGUGGCGGUGGUGGCAGCGGCGGUAGUGGUGGCAGCGGCAGUGGCAGUGGCGGCAGCGGCGGCGGCAGUGGCAGGUGGUGGUGGCGGCAGUGCGGCAGUGGCGGCAGUGGUGGGCGGUGGCAGUGGUGGUGGCGGCAGUGGUGGUGGCGGCGGCGGCGGCAGUGGCAAGCAGUGGCAGCGGCAGGUGGCGGCGGCGGCAGUGGUGGUGGCGGUGGUGGUGGCUAGCGGUGGUGGUGGCAGGUGGUGGCAGCUGUGGCGGUGGUGGCAAGGUGGCAGCAGUGGCGGCGUGGUGGUGGUGGCGGCGGCGGCGGGUGGUGGUGCAGUGGUUGGCGGCAGUGGCAGAGUGGUGGUGGUGGUGGCAACAGCAGUGGCGGCGGUGGUGGCGGUGGCAGUGGUGGUGGUGGUGGCGGUGGCGGCGGCGGCGGUAGUGGCAGUGGUGGUGGGGUGGCAGUGGUGGUGGUGGCGGUGGCAGUGGUGCAGUGGUGGUGGCAGUGGUGACAGUGCAGUGGUGGUGGUGGCAGUGGCGGUGGCGGCAGUGGUGGUGGCAGUGCCGGUGGCAGUGGCAGUGGCAGUGGUGGUGGCGGUGGUGGCGGCAGCGGCGGUGGUGGCAGUGGUUGCGGCGGCGGUGGUGGUGGCGGCAGUGGGUGGCGGCAGCGGUGGUGCAGGCGGUGCGGUGGCGGCAGCACGGCGGCGGGUGGAGGCGGCAGUGGCAGCGGCGGUGGUGGCGGUGGCGCAGUGGCGGCAUGGUGGUGGCGACAGCACUUUGAUAGCGGGCGGCGGCAGCGGCGGCAGCGGCAGUGGCGAUAGCGGUGGUGCAGAAAGUGGCAGCAGCGGUGGCAGUGGCGUGGUGGCGGCAGCGGCGGCGGAGCGGCAGCGGCAGUGGCGGCGGCAGGGCAGCAGUGGCGGCGGCGGCGGCGGCGAUGGCGGCGGCAGCGGCAGCGUGGCGGGCGGCAUGGCGACGGCGGCGCAGCGGCAGCGGCGGGCGGCGGGCAGUGGCGGCGGCAGUGGCGGCGGCAGCGGCGGCGGCGGCGGCAGGCGGCGGUGGUGUGGCGGCACAGCGGCGGCAGCGGCGGCAGCAGAUUAUGGCAGCGGCGGCGGCGGCGGCGGCGGCGGCGGCGACGACGAGCGGCGGCGGCAGUGGCAGCGGCGGCGGCAGCGGGCGGCGGCAGCAGGCGGCGGCAGCGGCGGCGGCAGCGGCAGCGGCGGCAGUGGGAGCGGCGGCGGCAGUGCGGCAGCGGCGGCGGCAGUGGCACGGCAGCGGCGGCAGCGGCAGUGGCAGUGGCGGCGGCGGCAGUGGCGGCGGCGGCGGUCAGUGGCGGCGGCAGCAACGGCGGGGUGGCGGCGGCGGCGCAGACGGGCAGGGCGGCGGCGGCGGCACGGCGGCGGCGACGGCGGUGGCAAACGGCGACGUGGCGGUGGCGGCAGCGCGAGUGGCGGCAGCGGCGGCGGCGGGGUGGCAGUGGUGGCGGCGGCAACGGCGGCGGUGGCAUGGCAGUGGCGGCGGCGGCGGCAGCGGCGGCAGAAACGGCGGCGCGGCAGUGGCGGCAGUGGCGGCGCAGCGGUGGCAGGCGGCGGCGGCGGCGGCGGCAGUGGCGGCAGCGGCGGCGGCGGCGGCGGCAGUGGCAGUGGCGGGCGGCAGUGCGGCGGCAGCAGCGGCGGCGGCGGCGGCGGGCGGCAGCGGGCGCGGCGGCGGCGGUGGCGGCAGCGGGCGGCGGCGGCGGCGCAGCGGCGGCGGCGGCGGCACGGCGGCGGCACGUGGCGGCGGCGGCGCGCGGCAGCGGCGGCGGCGGCAGUGGCGGCAGUGACGGCAGCGGCGGCAGUGGCGGCGGCGGCGUGGUGCGGCGGUAGAAACGGCACGGGCGGCGGCAGUGGCGGCGGCGGCGCGCCAGUGGCGGCGGCGGCGGUGGCAAACGGCAGUGGCGGCGGCAGUGGCGGCGUGGCGGCAGACGGCAGUGGCGGCGGCAGGGUGGCGGCGGCAGUGGUGGCGGCGGCGGUGACGGCAGUGGCGCGGUGGUGGCGGCGGCGGUGGGUGGCGGCGGCGGCGGCAGCGGCGGCUGCAGUGGCAGCGGCGGCGGCACGGCGGGUGGCGGCGGCGGCGGUGGCGGCAGUGGCGGCGGUAUCAAACGGCACGGCGGCGGCAGCGGCGGAUUGA